CACAUCCAACAAGGUUUGAUGUACGCCCUUCUCUCUCAAACCACGAUGAAGGAUUUGGAGGGUCUCCUUGAGAAUGUUUAUCAUACACAUGUCCUUUACUAUAAUAUCAUACGCAAUUGGUUCCAACGCUUCGAGAAGGACGACUUUUCUCUCGAGAACCAUGAGACCCCAUGAAUUGGAUUUGGAUGAGUUGAAGAAAGCCGUGGAAACGAAUCCUUUUAAACCACCCGUGAGUUGUCACCCCUGAAGGACAAGCAACUCUAUUUUCAGCAAAACAACGCUAGUCCCAAUGUCUCCAAACAAGUAUAGUAAGAACAGACCAGCUAUGGAUGAAUGGUUCUCAUUCACCCACCGUAUUCCCCAGACAUUACCCCAUCUGAAUACUGGUCGUUUUCAGAUUUGACUCGUGACCUCUGGGAAAGAACCUUCAAUACCCAUGGAAAUGUCGAAUUGGCACUCAAGCAUUAUUUCCUCUUGCGCCUGGAAGGGUUCUAUAAGUAGGGCAUUCAUAAGUUACCCACACGUCGGCAGUAUAUUGUUGAUAAUGAUAGCAAAUAAAAUUUACCCUGCGGUUUUUCUUGCUUCGAGAAAUAAACUAUUGAAAAAGUUACAAAGACUUCC